GCUCAACUAAUUUUCAUUCGUGUAUGCUCAUCACAUCAGUAAAAAUACAUAUAUAUCUACAAUGAAAUCGCCGUGCGCGGCCGUAGACUCAUUGGAAAUCGUCAUCUAUGUAUAUAUAUCUACAAUGAAAUCACCUGUGACUGGAAUCACACGCCAAUUGUAGGAAUUUGGCAGUCUGUCGCUUGUCGAUUGUCGUUGAAGGCUACUCGUGACUCGUUCGAGGUUGAACUCGACGGAAAUAACGGGAUUGACAGAGAUAUGUCAAAAUUCACAGAGGAUUAUAUUUGACAGGAAUAUGCCAAGUUCGUACCAAAAACAUUUUGACACAAGCUAUUUGACACUAAAUCAAUCAUCAACCCUUACCAAAUCCGUGUCAAUUCCGUAUUUUUUGUUGUGUAUAUUUUUAUGGAAUAUAACAAAGUAAGACAAUAAAUUAAUCACUUGUCCUAUAGAAGACAAUAAAUUAAUCACUUGUCCUUGUCGUCGUUGUUGUGACAUCUUUUUACGCUACUCGUAAACUCCUUGGCUUUCUUCACGUUCGAUUCUUCUUCCUCCAUUGUUGCUUGGUGUUUGAGCUUGGAUAUUAGUUUGUUUACACUCCUAUCUCCCUUAGGGUGUAAAAACUCUAAUUUUUGAGCUCUUAUUUGGCUACUUUGGAGCUCUUUCCCGUUUCAGAAACUCGGGUUACUAUUCAUGUCCUGAAGGUCAACGCCUGGAUCUUCUUCCCCUAUGGUUGGAAUCUGAUUUUGAACUUCAAUUGUCCCUCUCCUGACCCUGAGAAUCAAGGAAUACCCGAUUUCAUCAUCAUCAAGCACAUUUGGUUUUUGGCCGUACUCUUCUUCUCUACUCGAUUCGCUAAGUGAAUAGCUCUUAGCUCACCUUUGUUAAGGAAUCAAGCUCCAUGUGUGUGGGGGUGGCUUAUUCCUAGCUUCCCCUACCUUUCUCCUUCAGUAUGCCGAGAGGGGGUAAGGCCAAGAAGAAGACUACCCCUGUUCCUACUAAGUCCUCUUCGAGGCUCAAAGCUAUAGCCCAAGCUAAGAAGGUGGGUGAUGCUGCUUUGGACGAGGUCAUUCAUAGUGAGGAAGACUCUAGCCGUGGAGAUGCCACCUACCAACCUACCAAUGAUAUCUCCUCCUCCUCGAAUGAACCAAUGGAGAACAAAGGGGAGCAUAACGAGCAUACGGGUGUUCAUCUUUUGGUGUCGGCGUUUUUGCGGAAAAUGGUCCAUUUAGGCCCGGGAAAGAUGGCAACUUGACAAAGAAUGAUUUUUCUUGGAAUUUAGCGUCCAAUAUGCUCUACGUAGACUCUCCCAUUGGGACCUCAUUUUCCUACUCCAAUUCAACUUCAGACUAUAAACACUGGACUGAUACCAACACAGCAAAUGAAAAUAUGAAAUUCCUUCUUAAGUGGUUUGAGAAAUUCCCUGAAUACAGCAAUCUAGAUUUCUAUAUUGCGGGUGAUAGCUAUGGAGGUCACCUAGUCCCUCAACUCGCUACAAAAGUACUCGAGUACAACACAAAACCACAUGUGAGACCGAUCAAACUCAAAGCCAUUGCAAUUGGAAACCCAUUUCUUGACAUCCGGAUAAGUCUAAGUGGGGUUGAAAACAUGUGGCAUCGGGGGAUGAUUUCGGAGGAGAUGGUGAGCAUGCAGAAGAGUGUUUGUAGCAUGGCAAGGUACUAUACUGAGUACGCGAGUGGGAAGAGGACUAAAGCCUGCCAUGAUAUGAUGCUCAAGUUAUUACAGGAAAAUGGGGAUGAGCUUGACGUUGACGAUAUGCUCAUGCCAAUAUGUCUCACCACUGAUGAUAAUUCUUCUUCCUCACCUCAACAUUAUUAUG